UACGUCAUCGCCCUCAUGGCGGUGUACUGGUGCACGGAGGUUUUGCCGCUGGCGGUGACGGCGCUGCUGCCGACAAUCCUGUUCCCCGUCCUCGGCAUCAUGGAGUCCAAAGACGUGUGCAUGCAGUACCUGAAGGACACCAACAUGCUGUUUGUCGGGGGGCUGAUGGUGGCCGUCGCCGUGGAGCACUGGAACCUCCACAAACGCAUCGCGCUGCGGGUUCUGCUGCUCGUUGGAGUCCGACCCGCCCUGUUGAUGCUGGGCUUCAUGGGAGUGACAGCCUUUCUGUCCAUGUGGAUCAGCAACACGGCCACCACCGCCAUGAUGGUCCCAAUCGUCCAGGCCAUCCUGGAACAGCUCCAUGGCAAAGUAGAUCCUGAACCCUCCUCCAAGACCCAGAGAGGGAGUGUAAACCUACACCAGGAACAUCAGGAGAAAACCAUCAGCGUUCUGCAAACUGCUGCUGCGAACAUCCUGGAGAACGGUCUGAAUGGGGAAACCUUCACAAAAGGCAACUCAGAGAAGUCCAGCAACACGUCCUCUGAGGGUCCGGUGGACAGACCGGAGAUCGUCAAACCGACGCCACAAGACAAACCCCCAUCAGACGGCACCAACAGUGGACCAGUUGUCGUGUCCGUGGAGAAUGUCUGCUGUCAGAUGGAGUUGGAGGAGCUGGGCGACGAAGAGGAAGCGAAGAGGAAGUUGAGUAAAGGUCUCCUGCUGUGUGUGUGCUACUCCGCCAGCAUCGGAGGCAUCGCCACGCUGACCGGCACCGGACCCAACCUGGUUCUGAUGGGGCAGAUGAACCAACUCUUCCCUCGCAACGGUGACGUGAUCAACUUCGCGUCCUGGUUUGCGUUCGCCUUCCCCACCAUGUUGCUGACGCUGACGCUGGCCUGGUUCUGGCUGCAGUUCCUCUACAUCGGCUGCGACCUGCGGAGGACGUGGGGUUGCGGGGCGGCGCCGUCGGAGAAGGAGCGAGCGGCGUACCAAGUGAUCCGAGACGAACAUCGCCGUCUGGGACCGGUGACUUACGGAGAGGUCAACGUCCUGGCGCUCCUCGUCCUCAUGGUGGUGCUGUGGUUCACAAGAGAUCCGCGCUUCAUGGACGGCUGGGCCACUCACGUCUUCAACGCCAAGGCAGAGUUCGUCACUGACGCGACCGUCGCUCUGUUUGUUGCUGUUUUGCUGUUUGUUCUUCCUGCUGAGCCGCCGCUCUGCUUCAGGAGAUCUGACACAGAGUCCCAGGUGUUACGUGGCCCCGCCCCUGCGCUGCUGACCUGGCAGGUGACUCAGAAGAAGAUGCCCUGGAACAUCGUCCUGCUGCUGGGAGGCGGCUUCGCUCUGGCCAAAGGCAGCGAGGAGUCCGGUCUGUCCCUCUGGCUCGGGGCUCAGAUGUCUCCUCUCCACUCGUUCCCUUCCUCGGUCAUCUCCUUCAUCCUCUGCCUCCUCGUCGCCGCCUUCACCGAGUGCGCCAGCAACGUCGCCACCGCCACGCUGUUCCUCCCCAUCCUGGCCUCCAUGUCCCAGUCCAUCGGGCUGAACCCGCUGUACGUGAUGAUCCCGUGCACCCUCAGCGCCUCCUUCGCCUUCAUGCUGCCGGUGGCCACGCCCCCCAACGCCAUCGCUUUCUCCUACGGUUUCCUCAAAGUGUCCGACAUGGCUAAAACCGGCGUGGUGAUGAACGUCAUCGGGAUCUGCUGCAUCAGUCUGGCCAUCAACAGCUGGGGUUACGUCAUCUUCGGCCUGGACUCCUUCCCCUCGUGGGCGAACGCCACGGCGCCCGCGUAG